GUAUCCAUAAAGGAGUCAGAGCCACUAACGCACAAUCUCCAAAAUCCGGCUCGUGUGGUGCGUCUACAACUGAAAACUCUUCAAAUGCCAGAGAAUAGUCGUUAUAAACCGUUGAAGUCACUUUCGCAAGGUGGCAUCAUUAUGUUAAGGGACAAGAGAGCCGGUCAAGAGAAGGAGGAGAUAGUAGCUUUGGUGGCAGCUGGUGGUACGAGAGCAAACGAUGGCAAAGACUCAACUGAAGAAGCGACACCACAUGCACCGUUCGAAAUCAAUAUCGCUUCUUAUUAA